CAGGGAUCGCGUGGGCACCUCUCGAGUAACAAACGCCCAUUAAAGUAUAAUCAUUCAAUAGAAAUAUAUCCGUAAGACGCAAUGACUAAAUAGAAGUGCUCUAUUCUUUGUUUGUGACCCGAUCUGUGAACGUUUCAAAUUCGAAUGAACUACGCAAAUGGUUUUAUUAACUGCCAGUGAGUUAGACUAAAAAUUUUUUAUGUAGUGUUGACUUUUUUCGCAUUAUCACAGUGGAUCCAUUUGUAAAAAGGAAAAUGAAAAUUUUCAAAAAGAAGCUCCGCUUUUCGAUAGUCCGAAGCUGCGUUUAAAUUCGUUGAUAGCGAAACGAGAGUAUUAAAGAAAUAUAUCACAUAUCAGCUGCGAAAUUCUGAGAUAGUUCAUGUAUCAAACAAUGGCGAGAUUUAUAUUGCUGUUUAGUUUUGCUGUUUUUAUAUAUGCAAAAGGAGUUGUAACAGAAGCUACCACAGAUACUACAGAAAUAAUAGUGGAUGGAGUCACAACAGAGACAGAAUAUGGAAUAAAUAAUGGAAACUACGCAACAGAAGACAUUAAAGUGAUUGACGAAGGAACUCCAAAGCCGCCAGAAAGCGCAUCAAAAGUCUUGCUACCAAUAGUAUCUAGCGAUUCUUAUAAUGACAUAAUAUAUCAAGUCAAACGAAAAAAUAAUACCGCACAGCGUAAAGUGAAACCAAAUAUCAAUCUUGAGAACAUAAGAAAAAUAAUAAAGAAAAAUGAAAUGAGAUCUCAUGUGAAGUAUGAUGAAGUGACGGGUGAAUUGAUUGGCGGUGAACAUCCUUGUAAAAGGGAAUGUUAUGAAGGUGAAGAACCAAUGAUAUGUUAUUACCAUUUUAAUCUGGAAUGGUAUCAGACUAUGAGUAAAGCGUGUUUCGAUUGUCCAUAUAAUUUGACGGAUUGUGAUAGAAUUGACUGUAUACCUGCUGAUGGUAUGAACAGAGCGUUAACUGUUAUUAAUAGAAAGAUGCCUGGCCCUGCAAUUGAGGUUUGCCAGAACGAUCGGAUAAUCGUGGAUGUUGAGAAUGAUCUGAUGACGGAAGGGACAACAGUACAUUGGCACGGGCAGCACCAACGAGGGACGCCGUAUAUGGAUGGCACACCCUACAUUACCCAGUGUCCCAUAGUACCUGAAACAACUUUCAGGUACCAGUUCAACGCAACACAAGCGGGAACUCACUUUUGGCACUCCCACUCUGGGAUGCAGCGGGCUGAUGGAGCAGCAGGAGCUCUCAUCAUCAGGAAACCGAAGUCCCAGGAGCCUCAUCGUGACCUCUAUGAUCAUGACAGGUCCGAGCACGUGAUGAUUGUAACGGAUUGGAUCCACGAGCUGUCUGUAGGAAUGUUCACCGAUCAUCACCAUUCGACCGGUGACAAUAAACCACCCACUUUGCUUAUCAACGGUGUGGGAAGGUUCAAGGUUUUCGACAAUGCUACUAUGACUGCCAAACCGAAGUAUAUGAGAGCAGCUAGAUUUAAUGUUGAACAAGGCUACAGGUAUCGGUUUCGUGUGAUUAACGCCGAGUUCCUCAACUGUCCUAUAGAAAUGUCCGUGGACGGUCAUAACAUCACUGUGAUUGCUUCUGACGGAUAUGAUCUUGAACCAAUUACAGCAACAUCCCUCGUGACGUACGCAGGCGAGCGCUAUGACUUCAUUGUGGAAACAAAUAAUGAGAUUGACAAUUACUGGAUCCGGUUCCGGGGACUGAUGGACUGCGAUGAGAGGUUCACAAAAGCAAAGCAAGUUGGUGUGCUUCAUUAUGAAGGAGCAAUGGAUUUAGAGCCACCAGGAGAUCUCACGUGGGAAGAGUCACAUAAUGAAGGACUUCAAUUAAACGCAUUGAACAAAGGCGAGGAAGAAGAUGAAACUAUCAGCGUGGCUGAAAUGAAAUCACUUGAAGGCUACGAUGACAGUCUAAAAGAAGUUGCCGACUAUCAGUUCUACGUGGCUUAUGAUUUCUACGCAAAGAAUAAUACACACUUUCAUAAAUCACCAUAUUAUGGAUAUUAUCAAGUUCCAAAUCAUGACAAUCGACUCUACACACCUCAAUUGAAUCACAUUUCGAUGAAGAUGCCGUCCAGCCCACUUAUGCUAAGUCGCCCAUCAUCAGACAAUUUCUGCAACGCUUCUAGCAUCGAAAAUUCUUGCAAAGAAGGCUUCUGUGAGUGUUCUCACGUUCUAUCAGUGAAAAAGAACGCCGUUGUUGAAGUCAUCAUCGUCGAUGAGGGUGUCACUUUUGACGCUAAUCAUCCUUUCCAUUUACACGGACAUUUCUUUAGAGUGGUCGGUAUGAGAAGAUUGGCCAGUGAAAUUACAAUUGAUGAGAUUAAAGCAUUUGACGAAGCUGGACUACUGAAACGUAAUCUUAAGAACGCGCCUCUUAAAGAUACAGUCACAGUUCCAGAUGGUGGCUAUACGGUUAUACGUUUUAAAGCUGAUAAUCCUGGAUAUUGGCUAUUCCAUUGUCAUAUAGAAUUCCAUGUAGAAGUUGGUAUGGCGCUAGUUUUCAAAGUCGGCGAGGAAAAGGAUUUUGCUCCUAUACCACGUAAUUUCCCAACAUGUGGCAGCUAUAUGCCUGAUAAUAUGUUGGAAAAUCAUACUACAGAAAAGCCCAAAGGAGAUAAUGUAAUAUCGAUAUCACAUUGGUGGCCAGUAGUUUAUGUAAAUUCAACAUCGUCAGCGACAAAAUUGGGUUCUUCUCUGAUAGUAUUAUAUGUUUGGUUACUAAGGAUUUUAUUAAGAACGUAAACUAUGAGUACUAAAUAGCUUCAAUAUAUUUAAUAUAACCCUAAUACCAAUUUGUACUUAUCUUCCCAAUUUUUUGGACUGUACUUACUUGUAUUUUGUAAAAGGCAUUUUGCACGUCAAAUGAUUUAAGUGUCAAAAUGACUGCUCAUCUGAUGGUAAAUUAUACGCCCUGUUAAGUGAUGCGCUUGUCACUUAGAGACAAAAUAUUAUAUUAAGUUUCGUUAGUACGGUAACUUCACUAGCUCGGUGCCCUUCAAAUCAAAACACAGAUAGUGGUUGAACACUACUGCUUGAGGCAUAGCUAUGGCAACAAUCCAGCUUUGCACAGGAUGCCCUGUGCAAAGAAGCGUCGCAUUGGUCUUAAGGAAUGUAAAAACAUUAAAAAAAGGUUAAGUUUUUUAGUGCCAGUAAUGUGUAACUUAUUUAAUGUUUCCGACAAAAAUUGUAGCGAGAAACGCAUGUCAAAUUGUUUACUUGUUUCCAGUAAUGUAAUGAAUGAACAAGAAACCCAGUAAUAUAAUAUAAUAUUCUCACAUUUAAGGGAGUCACAAGACAUCAUUAGACUGUUUGGGUUAUGUUAUGAAUAAAAUGAGAUUUUCAUAAACCUGAUUGGUUGACUAUUAUUAAUAAAAUAUUUGUUUUUAUUAUUCUUGCAAUUGUUAUUGAAAUGAUUGUGUCAUUGUAAAUAUUAACUUCUGUGAUCUAUUUCGAUAAACUUGCCAAAAAGUAAAUCAUUUUUAAAAUGAUUUCGUACUGCGUAUACUAGAAGUCGCUGGUGAUAUGUGAUAUUAAUUAGUUUUAUGAAACUUGUAUUAUAAGAUAAGAAUAUAGUUACUUAGGUUUUCGAAUUAAAUUAAAUUAAUUUAUA